UUUACUUUAUACUUUUUUAUUUUUCCCCCAUUUUUGUUAUACAAGGUCAAUGUUUACUUUAUAAUGUUUCAGCUAAUUGAAUUGUACAAUCUCCAAGGUUGAACUCUACUUCCUUUUUUUGUUGCAGUAACUAUCAACCCUUUUUUCUUAAAUGAAUACUUUGUUUGAGGAAGUUAGUUAACUUUGGUUUCUGAAUUUUCUUGCUUGUAGUCAACAGGAAAUUAUUCAUUUAAUUGAUGAUAUUAAUUGAAAUCAUGAGAACCACUUCUUUUUGAUUUUCUUAUCCAUAUGAAAAUGAAAUGGCUCAUCAUUUAAUAUACUAUUGACCGAUACUCGAUCCAUUUUGCUUUGUACCUUAAAAAUGGUUUCUAUUGUCAAGUAAAUUUGCUUGAUGGCUUUCUCUAUUACGUUCUGUGAUUACGAGUAAUUACAAGGUAAAUUAUUUACGAUAUAGAUGGAAAUUAAUUCCUGAUUAACAUCUAUGACAGUGCCUGUAUGAAGAAUUAAGAAGGAAGGUUCAAGGUAGGUGUGGGGGAAAGUAAGGUGUAAUGGCCUCUGAGAAUGACUAUUUUCACCUCUCUGGACCCUUGCAUCUAACUUCUGUUAAUUGUAAACCAUACCCUAACAUUUUGUGGAAUGAGUCACCUAAGACCAAAGGGAUGUGACUAUGUUUUGGAGUUACUUGAGAAAUAACGUAAGAAAUACGGUACAAGUUCACAGACAAAAUCGAUGUUUUACCUAGAAAAGUUGCAUAUGAGUUAUGCUUUUUGGUUAUUAAGAUUUCUCUAACACAAAAUAAGAUUUCAAUUUCCAUUUUAUGCAGGGAACAUGCAUAUCAUCGAAAGUCGGUAGCUGCUAGUUUGGUCAAAGGUGUUUACGUUCUAGAAAAUGACCGCCAAAAACAACGAAAAGGCCCCGAUUCAAUAGCAUUUCCUUGGAAAACAACGAAAAUGAUCCGCACCAUAGAUUCGUACCAAUUAUGUUCAAUUUUGUUUUGAAUUGAGAUAAUACAUAAUCUAUAGUAAGAUACUAGUAGCAACAAUGAUAAAGACACCAAACAUAACAUACAAAGCAUGAUAAAGCAUAUGAAAAGAAACAAGAUUGCGAAAUUGUGACUUACUUUCUCAGGAAGACAGUAGCCAUGAUCAAUGGGAAUGAGCAGAAUUUCACCAUUUGGCUCUUUUCUAAACAAUAUAUUCCCUGCAUGCCUAUCUGCAUUCGCCAUUCUUAUAUCAAGCACACUGAUCUUAUGCACCUCUUCGACAGGAAAAGCUCCGGGUCCAAUAUCCUCACAAUUACCAUCGUUACUCAUAAACUUUUGCAAAGACCCCACCUUGGUUCCAACAUAUGGUUGGCUGGUCAUUCUCUAGGAUCAUGCAUGGCAUUGCUUGCCGGCAAAACAAUGGCUAAAAAUGGCAUAUUCAUCGAGUCUUUUCUUUUCAACCCUCCAUUUGCCUCUGCUCCAAUUGAAAUAAUUAAAAGUAAGAAAACAAAACAUAGGCUUCGAAUUGCUGGCAGCGUGCUAACAGCAGGACUCGCCAUUGCUAUGAAUUCGGAUAAGAAAAGUUCGUCCUAUCAUUCAUUUGCUGCUUUGUCUGCUUGGAUUCCAUGCCUAUUUGUAAAUCCAUCUGACUAUAUAUGUUCGGAGUAUGUCGGAUACUUCGAACAUAGAAGAAAAAUGGAGGAGAUUGGUGCUGGUAGCAUUGAAAAGAUAGCAACACAAAACUCAAUUAGUUCUCUAAUGAUGAGUGCUUUUGGGAAAGAAUCUGAUCCCCUACAUCUCAUUCCUUCAGCUAUUUUGACAGUGAAUUUUACCCGUCCAAAGAGUUUCAAAGAAGCUCAUGGUAUUCAUCAGUGGUGGAAACCAGACUUAAACUUGGAUUCCAAACUCCAUAAAUACUAGUAGUUCUUCUACUUAUUGUAGACUCAAUUGUUGCAUGUAUAUUUUAGCUAUGUUGUUUGUGUUUUUCCAUUUGAAAUUGAGCAGCAAAUGCUAUUAAAGUUGUUGUAACUUUUUUAAAUGAUUUUAUUUUACAAAACAAAAGUAACUUUUAAGUU